GAAAUAAAGGAAUGCAUUUGAAACGGAUGAAGAUGUAUCUUAAAUAUGUAAUAUACGAACUUUCACGAGAAGAUGAAUAUUAGUAGCAGUUCAACAAGAUCGAGCAGCCUGGUAUAUAAUGCAAUCAAAGGGAGCGGCGAGAAGAGCGCAGUGUGGCGAGUUGGGAGUCGUGUCGGUAAAUAUAAAGCAGAGGAAGAAGGCAUCCCUGACUCUGGGUGUCACAGUUGAGGCAGAUAAUUUUUCUUCUCAAUGAACUUGGGCACUCUAAGUAAGGACACCGUUGACGAGGCACUACAGCCGGACGUCGACGACGAAGGGCACCAUGCGUCCGAAGAGGAGCUCCAGGAGUCGACUGCGACCAACCGUAGCAAUGGAGCUCCGGGUUUUGGUGUGUUUGCCCCAAAAGCCAAUGCUUCCAAGGAAUACGAGCGGAUUUCCUCCAAUCAGGGGGAACAAGAGCGCCCGCCACCGGAAGAAGAGCUUCGAGGAUCUGCCUGGGCCACGGGAGAGGCAAUGGGCAUCGAGAAAGGAAACGUGGGCGCUGGGGAUCGAGCCACUCGCAUUCAGGAAGGAGACAUGGUAAAUCGUGAGCAUCCAGAAAACCAUGUGCCUAUCCGGGAGCUUUCGACCUCAUUCCGAAGUAGAAAUCAAGGGAACCCAUCAUUGGAAGAGCUUCAAGAAUCUGGCCCGGCCAGUGGAGAGUCCUUGGCUGUAGUAGAAGUCAUGGGUGCUAGAGAUGGAUCCGCGGGCAUUAUUGCAGGAGCUAUGGGCGCGGAUGCCCAUGCUCCUAAUGCUCCAGCCUUCAUAGUGCCUGGUGUACUUCUAUCCAAUCCACGUACAGUGAAUCCUCCAAGUCGUGAGCAACCAGAAAACCAUGAGCUUGCUCGGGAACUUUCAAACUUAUACCGAAUUAGUGACGAAAACUUUCUGGAGCAACAGAAUUAUCAUGGACAUAGAAACAUGCCCUCACAAAAUAUCCUCAGCAUUAGUGGGGUACGUCAUGGUAUUCAGGAGCUGGACCAUUAUGAUUCCUCACCAGACAUUUUCAACGAUUUCCAAAUAAGGGAUCAAGAAACCCCACCACUGGAAGAGCUUCAAGAAUCUGGCCAGACUCAUGGAAACUUAGUAGCCAUUGAAGAAGCCGUGGGCAUUGUAAGAGUUAUGGGCGCGGAUGCCCAUGCUCCAAAUGCUCCAGCCGUCUAUUCUUUUUCCAUUCCACGUACAGUGAAUCUACCUGAAAACCAUGAGCUUGCUCGAGAACUUUCAAACUUAAACGGAAAUUGGGACGAAAACUUUCUGGAGCAACAGAAUUAUCAUGGACACAUAAACAUACCCUCACAAGAUAUCCUCGGUAUGAGUAAUGGAGUACGUCAUGGUAUUCAGGAGCUGGACCAUUAUGAUUCCUCACCAGACAUUUUCAACGAGUUCCAAAUGAGGACCCUGUAUCCAGCUCAUCAAAACUAUGAAGCAGUGGAUGAUUAUCCUUUUCCAGUUUUUGCUCUAGUUCACCGGGCUGCCCUGCAAGACGAUGAGCAAUACCCUCAUACACCACAUUCAACAAGUUAAAGCAAUAACUGCACCGAGUGGCCCGGGCCUGGGACAGAUAACCCAUGAUUAUAUGUGGGACACCCUAGGCCAUUUUCUAGAGGCAGGACACAGGACCUCUGUGAAGACAGACCUAAAGAAGAAGCGCUGGCGUCUCCGAGUCGACGGACGACGCUGAUCACCAUUGCACAAUUUGUCCUGCCUUAACAUGAAUUUUUACAUGAGAUUUCUUUUUUUUUGCACUAUGUGUCAGUCUCAAACACUUAGAUGUGAAAGCUUUGCCAGUAUUCUUUAUUUGUGCAUAUUCUUGAUCUGACUCCUCUUAUUUUUUCAUUUUUCAUAUUGUAUAAUUGUAAAUUUCCUUUUGACUGCAUUUACUUAAGUAUUGGACGAUUUUUGUUAAUUUUAGAACACAUCUUUGUUUUGAGAAUGUUCACAUGUGGAGGUACUGUUAUGUAAUCUGGUCCAUUAUAAUGCUUGUGUUUAUUUUCGAUAGAUGUAGUGAAUUCUAUAAGCUUUGCUAUGUACAAUGUACUUAUGAACCUCUGUCUCUCAAAUGUGUGCAUGAUUAUUGUCACUUCUUUGCUUCUGUGUGUUUUGUCUUGUAUUAAUUAUUAUGAAACUCAUUAAGGCCAAAAUUUCUUAAACAAUAUCCAGACUGGAUACUUUGUUCAACACAUAAAUUACUUUCAAUAGUCUUUUGUGUAGUUUUGGCAAUGUAUUUCACACACAAAAUGAAAAAUUUAAUAAACAUAAAUAAUUUACGAAAUUUCCAGUCUGGAAACUGCGUGGUUACGUUUAAAUUACAUCCAGUUUCACUGCAGUCACACUGGCACAAGUAGUCUCCAGUCUACCUUCCCGAUCGCUCGAGGUUAAACUUCAGGCGAGGUCAUCGGGAAAGGGUAAUGGAACAUCCACUCACUGUGUCAGGAAAAUCGACUGCCACUUACAUUUAGGCCACAUUGCCAGUAGGCUUCAACCUUCAGUAGUGGAGGUAGCUUUAGUCGAUGGACAUAUACUGUGACUGAGACUGAAGCACUUGUUCGGUUUCAUGUGUCUUUUUGCAAUGUACAUUCCUAUGACUUAUGUAAACUUGGUGUUUUAGGGAUGUUCUAAGCCAGAUUCGCUUUCAUGGCAGAUGGAUCUUACUGAGACAUCCACAUUAUACUUGGCUGACUGACAUUAUACUUGGCUAUGAGAGGUCACUAAAUUAAGAGAACACCGAUUCCAAGCGAGUAUUUACUGCACCCUUACCUAACUUCUGAAGCUAGGUGGUGAACCCAAGGCUUGGUACCAUUCCCCUAGACCUGGUGAGGAGUGUAGCUGUUCCUUUUUCUUGAAAGGGAGAUGGGAUUGCUGGGACUGAAGCAGUCACCGAAGUAGUUCACUGAUCUACUUACAAAACAGCAUUCAGCAUUAUCAGAUGCUUAAGAAACCUUCCUCUGCACUCUUGGCAGAUCCACAACAUAAUUGUAAAACCCUUAAUGUAAGAAUGUAUAUUAAUCUGGUGGAAGAUUCACUUACGUUCUCUCUUUCGUUAAUUUUCUUUUUAUGUUUUAAGGAGUAUUAUGUAUGACAAAAUUAUUUUUCUUCUCUGAAUCCAGUUACACGCCGCAAUAACUUCAAAUCACAAUUUCGGUACACAUUUUCCAUUUGUAUUAUUUUAUAUUAAAUUUUGCUGAUUGCUCGACGAAUUAUUAGCGAAAAUUCCCAUGGAAAGUUUAAGGGAACCUCUAAAUUUAAUGUAAUUUAACUUGUGAUUCCAAACCUCCAGCAGUGGGAUGUUUUCCCUUAUGGGGUUUGUUUUAUCAUUAUUAUAGUGUCCCAACACAACCUCAUAUUGUAUUCCGAAUUUGAAUGUUGAUUUGAAGUAUAAUGACGCCCUAAUAUCCAGAAAAGGCAGAUGUACUAAGACAGUCUGUGAGCGUCUUGCUAGGAAACUGUAACAGGUAAAUAUUGAAUGAUUGGGUAACUGAUUCAGGUGGUUUGUAAGCAAGACUUUUUAAAUGCUUUUAACGCUUAAUUAAUUAAAAAUAGUAGUGUGUCU